AUGUUAGGCAACAUAAGACGCAGCGCUCAACUCUCAACACUCUCCGCUCUCCCUUGCCACGAGCACCAGAAGCUGCCCCCUAAGCAGCCAUCUCGCCCAUGGAUCACCCCCGACGAACCUUGGAGCCGCGUCCGUAUUGACCACGCCAUCAACUUCAGAAGUCACAACUGGAUGGUCAUGGUGGACGCAUUCUCCAAGUACCUCAUGUCCUCGAUAACAACCAAGGCGACCACCCGGAGACUCGACGAGGACUUUGCUCACUUUGGCUAUCCACACGCCAUUGUGACGGAAAACGCCACCUGUUUUUCGUCAGCCGAGUUCCAGACCUGGUGUGAGCAGCGGGGCAUUCUACACCUGCACGGAGCCCCCUACCAUCCCGAGUUCGAGAUGAGCCGGUGCCAGCUCGUCGUCUCAGCAAAGACAGCCCAUGCUUCGCGCUUUCCUACAAAGGUGGGGGUAAGGACAGAUGGAAGCCAGCUGUGGUGA